GCCGGUGGCUCCGAGACGUUUUGGAGGGGUUUUGUCACACUUCGGCAAGUGAAGUUUGCUCUGCCUCGUCUUGUGGUGAGAGCAGAAGAGGAGCGGCGUGAAGGGCAUCGCAGUUGCCUGAGAAACGUGGGGGUUUCGGUGGGAUAUCCUUGCAAUACCAUCCAAAGUCCUAAUGUACUUUUAUUGUGGCAGUUACUUAACUGGACUGGCUUCGUUCUGUGGUGUGACCGUAUUUUGGCAUUUUCUGAAUUGAGGAGUUUGAGUUACCAUUCCGCAGCGACGCAGAAGGAAACACCUUGGUGUGUUGUGUUAAUCUGUCUUUUUGUGAGGAUUGCUUACCAGAUAUUAAAACAAAGUCUUGGCCAGAGACGUCUAACACGGUCCUGCGUGAAUGGAAGUUGGUGGCACAAUUCCAGCUGACUUCAGUUGGGAGUGAGCCUACAAGGUAGACCCAGGACCCCACUGUGCUAGGCUCUGCACAAAAGCUGAACGGAGGCAGUAGAUGAUUACAGAGGGAUGGUGACUAAAAGGUGCUUUUCCCACAUGAGUGCAAGAAAAGUAGCCAGUUAAAAGAAGUGACUGCUGUGGAGGACAGCAUGACCACCAUGAAAGGAAGCUGCCUCCUUGCACUGCUGUUGGCAGGACUUGGUGUAUUAGGAAUACUGGAGCCAAUAACAACAGAAGAUACUCACUGCCACAGAGCUGAGCACCCAGUUAUUGCAUACAAAGAAAUUGCCCCUUGGUUACAUAUAUUCAGAGCAGAAGAUGCUGUGGACUUCUCACAGUUAACAUUUGACCCAGGACAAAAAGAGCUUAUUGCUGGAGCAAGAAACUACCUCUUCAGAUUGCAGCUUGAGGAUCUCUCUCUAAUACAGGCAGUGGAAUGGCAAUGUGAUGAAGCUACUAAAAGAGCCUGUUACAGUAAAGGCAAAUCAAAGGAGGAAUGCCAGAACUACAUUCGAGUGCUUCUUGUUGGAGGCAACCAUCUCUUUACCUGUGGAACAAAUGCAUUCACUCCAAUCUGCACUAAUCGGACGUUAAGUAACUUGACAGAGAUACAUGAUCAAAUCAGUGGCAUGGCUCGUUGUCCUUACAGUCCCCAGCACAACUCCACUGCUCUUCUCACUUCCAGUGGAGAAUUAUAUGCUGCAACAGCCAUGGAUUUUCCAGGAAGGGAUCCUGCUAUUUAUCGCAGCCUGGGGGCCCUUCCUCCUCUCCGCACUGCCCAGUACAACUCCAAGUGGCUGAAUGAGCCAAAUUUUGUGUCAUCUUAUGACAUUGGGAACUUUACCUACUUUUUCUUCCGCGAGAAUGCAGUGGAACAUGAUUGUGGGAAAACAGUCUUUUCUCGUGCUGCUCGGGUGUGCAAAAAUGACAUCGGUGGCAAGUUCGUGCUGGAGGAUACCUGGACUACCUUCAUGAAAGCUCGGCUGAACUGCUCUCGCCCUGGAGAGAUUCCAUUUUACUAUAAUGAACUACAGAGCACUUUCUUUCUGCCAGAAUUGGACUUGAUCUAUGGGAUUUUUACCACUAAUGUGAACAGCAUAGCAGCAUCAGCAGUUUGUGUUUUCAACCUGAGUGCCAUAACUCAGGCCUUCAAUGGACCCUUCAAAUACCAGGAAAACUCUCGCUCUGCUUGGCUUCCAUAUCCCAAUCCUAACCCUAAUUUUCAGUGUGGCACCAUGGACCAGGGACUGUAUGUAAAUCUGACAGAGAGAAAUCUUCAAGAUGCUCAAAAAUUCUUUUUAAUGCAUGAGGUUGUUCAACCAGUUAUUCCAAUUCCUUACUUCAUGGAAGACAACAGCCGAUUUUCCCAUGUGGUUGUAGAUGUCGUGCAGGGCAAGGACAUGCUUUUCCAUAUCAUCUAUCUUGCCACAGACUAUGGUACUAUUAAGAAAGUACUUGCCCCAAUGAACCAGACUUCAAGCAGCUGCCUGCUUGAGGAAAUUGAACUGCUGCCAAAAAGUCAGCGAGAGCCUAUCAGGAGCCUUCAGAUCCUGCACAGCCAGAGUGUCCUUUUUGUGGGCCUUCAGGAACAUGUGAUUAAAGUCCCCCUGAAGAGAUGUCUCUUUUACAAAACAUACAGUGCAUGCAUUGGAUCCCAAGACCCUUAUUGUGGUUGGGACAUGGUGAUGAAGAAAUGUACAACGCUGGAAGAAAGCCUGAGCAUGAGUCAAUGGGAGCAAAGCAUUACUGUGUGUCCAAUGAGGAAUCUGACAGUGGAUGGGCAUUUUGGAACAUGGUCACAAUGGAAACCUUGCACCCACACUGAUGGUGCCAGUGCUGGCUCCUGCCUUUGUAGGACACGUUUGUGUGACAGUCCUGCUCCUCAGUGUGGAGGUUGGCUGUGUGAAGGACCAACCAUGGAGAUUGCCAACUGUUCCAGAAAUGGAGGCUGGACACCAUGGACUUCUUGGUCACCUUGUAGUACCACAUGUGGAAUAGGCUUUCAAGUUCGUCAGCGUUCCUGCAGCAAUCCAACCCCUCGACAUGGAGGACGUGUCUGUGUGGGACAGAAUCGUGAGGAGAGGUACUGCAAUGAGCAUUUGUUGUGCCCCCCUCAUGUGUUUUGGACAGGCUGGGGUCCAUGGGAGCGCUGCACUGCUCAGUGUGGAGGAGGGAUCCAGGCACGGCGUAGGAUGUGUGAAAAUGGUCCUGACUGCCCUGGCUGCAGUGUGGAAUAUCAGCCUUGUAACACCAAUGCCUGUCCAGAGUUAAAAAAGACAACGCCUUGGACACCUUGGACCCCAGUCAAUAUUUCAGACAACGGUGGCCACUACGAACAACGUUUCCGAUACACCUGCAAAGCGCGCUUGCCUGACCCAAAUUCGCUAGAAGUGGGAAGGCAAAGGAUUGAAAUGCGUUAUUGUUCCAGCGAUGGCACCAGUGGAUGCUCGACAGAUGGAUUGUCAGGGGACUUCUUGCGUUCUGGACGAUACUCUGCUCAUACCAUCAACGGUGCCUGGUCACCCUGGUCUCCAUGGUCUCAGUGCAGUCGUGACUGCAGUAGAGGUAUACGGAAUCGCAAACGGGUCUGCAGCAAUCCUGAGCCGAAGUACGGGGGACUUCCUUGCCUCGGCCCAUCUCUAGAGUACCAGGAAUGCAACAUUUUGCCUUGUCCAGUGGAUGGAGGCUGGUCUUGUUGGUCAUCUUGGUCAAAGUGCUCAGCAACUUGUGGAGGAGGGCAUUACAUGAGAACCCGCUCCUGUACAAACCCAGCACCAGCAUAUGGAGGAGACAUCUGCCUUGGACUGCACACUGAAGAAGCACUCUGCAACACACAGCCGUGCCCAGACAGCUGGUCCGAGUGGUCCGAGUGGUCCGACUGCGACUCGUCUGGCUUACAGUUCCGUGUUCGUCAGUGCAUCAUUUUGUUUCCUGUGGGCAGCCAGUGCACAGGCAACACCACAGAGAGCCGAGCCUGUGCUUUGGACUCCAACUUUAUACCAGAAAUAUCAGUGGCACGAUCCAGCAGCAUAGAAGAAAAACGAUGUGGCGAGUUCAAUAUGUUUCACAUGAUCGCAGUGGGAUUAAGUAGCUCAAUACUUGGUUGCCUUCUUACCCUGCUUGUUUACACUUAUUGCCAACGGUAUCAACAACAGUCCCAUGAUGCAACUGUCAUCCAUCCGGUGUCACCAGCUCCUUUAAAUACCAGCAUUACCAACCAUAUCAACAAACUGGACAAAUAUGAUUCUGUAGAAGCCAUCAAGGCAUUUAACAAAAACAACCUGAUUCUGGAGGAGAGAAACAAAUACUUCAAUCCACAUCUCACUGCAAAGACUUACUCUAAUACCUAUUUUACAGAUAUCAAUAAUUAUGAUGAGUACUAAUGGGCUUGUGUAUUUUCUGGCCUCCUGUAACUCCCCAGUCCCCAAGGCCUGUGCUACUUGACUGCUCAUGUGAUUGAGGCUUCAGAGAUGAAGUUCAGAGACAUUUCAAGCACAAUCCAAGCCAUCAGUGUCCCAUUGCUGCCAAAAGCCCAAAACACCUGCUUGUGACAUGAUGUUUUCUUUGCAGAGUGCAAGGUUGGCCUUCAGUGUCGGGUGCAGCUAUAGAUCCCUCAGUGUCGCUGGACCACUCAUGAGGAUUUCAUUGCUUCACUCAGUUACAUUAACUUCCAGUCAGGUUGCUCUAACAAGUGACUAAGUAAUUCCUGAGCUUUAAAGGAACCCACAAUGUUACCCCUUAAAUCUGGGCCAGGAGUACAAAUCUAAUUUUCUUUUUAAGCAUUGUCUUUUAUUUCGAUGAGGCUUGAAAAGGGAGCUCUGCUGUUAGCCAUGGGAGCCCUCUGUGCAGUCUCCUGAAGUUCACACCUCCAAAAACAGCUCACACGGUGCUGGUUACAAUGACAAGAAGAAAUGUGGUGGUAUAGCGAUGCUCUGCAGCUCUGGGCUCUGUAAGGCUGAUCUUGCUGGCCUGUAAAUCACUCUAGCUGCAGUUCAGAGUGCAGACAACUAAGGCUGUACUGAGGGAUAUAGACUUGUAAUUAACCCAGAAGGCUACAGGGUUAGUGGUUUCUAGUUGUGAGCCAAGCUCAGUCACAUAAAGCAUUCACCUAGUUCAGUUUAAUUUUUGGGAGAGUCUGGAAGGGCAUGUCCCACGGGGAGGCCAACGGAGGAGGGCAGAUACGAAAGGCACACUGGAAUAUUUUUCUGUGUGUCGCUAGUAAACAGCCUUGCUGCAGCAUGCAGGUUUGCAGAAGUCAUGGCAUCCCCCAGGCUUCCUUUCCUUGGUGUGUACGAAUGGGAACCCAUUCCUCACUCUGGUGUGCACUCGCCAUCAGGCUGGUCAUGGAAAGAUACAACUGCACCAUGUUGUGUGCUGUCUCAGGCUCUUGGGGGUACUAGGCAUAAUCAUAGAUCUGCUUUUCUCUUUCUGCUUUCACUUUAUAUGCACGUCUGACAAGCAAAGCUGGCUCAGAAAACACAGAUUAUUUGCAAAGCAUCUCAUCUUGCUGCCAUGUCCAACCCACGCUAGUCAGCCCCUAGAGGAACAUUCUUAUGGUGUUUUAAGUGAUUAUGUUGUUGGACUUCAUUGAUGUAAAUAUUUAAAAUACUGUUUGAGUUUUAAGUUAUCAGUUUUAAUUCCUUUUUUAGUGGCAGGAGAGGAAACAGAAAGAAUUUUUAUACCAUUUUUCUUUGUUCUCUCUGUCUUCACCCACAUUCAUGACAUUGUUAUUUUUGUAUCUGAAAUUCCAGGUGUAUAACUAAAAAGAAAAGGGCAGGGAUUUGGGCCAGAUUUUCCAGAGUACUUAGUAGUAAGACAGUAUUUGCUAUUCUCAGAAGCUUGUGAAAAGAAAUUAAAAAUUAAUAUAAAGGAGUAAAGAAUUAGGCUUUCAGUUUUUUGAGCAUGCUAGAUGCAGAGAUCAUCGCACUGGAAUACCACGAAGGUAUGCGAGGAGAAACAGAGUGGAAAUGUUUCCAUUCUGUGUUUAGAGUCCUUGAUCAUUAGGUUACACUAUGAUAGGCAAAUAGAGAAAAACAUGUACAGAUUAUAAGGAUUCACAACAAAAAAAAAAGGCAAAAAGUACCAAGAAAUAUUGAUCAUGUGAGACUCCAUUUGAGCGCCAUCUUGGUAGUCCAGCCACUCACAUAGCAAGGGUAAACACCAUCUCUAAUGAUAGCAGUGAGCAACGUUUGAAUGGGGAUAGAGCUGAAUGUAGCACUAUGCUUGCUAUCUCUGUUCUGCAGUAAAAUGAAAAAAUGCAAAGCACGUAGUCUUUGAAAAGCCAUGCAGCAAAAUGAAUGCACAUUUAGCAUCUAUGAAAAUAAUUAAGAUCAGCUGCCCAUUUUUUCCAGCUGAAUAAUUCUCCCCCUCAGUCAAAAGAAAGCACCCCACCCUCACACCAGUUCAUCUCCAGAAAGUAUAAUAAUACUAGUUCUGUAUAAUUUGUGAUUUUUUUUUUACUGUAUAUUAGAUUUGGUUUUCCAGGAAGAAAUUAGCUGAUUGCCCUUGGUAAGAGGAAAUUUUCUCUGCAAGAAAAUUCAGUGAAACAGAUAGAAGGAGAAAAAGCUGUCCGAAUCGUAACCAGUCCAGUAUCUGAAUCACUCUGUUCAUGCCAAAAGAUAAAAUUUUACAUUUAGUAAAAUAAAGAAAAUAAUAUCUAUAUUGCUGCAACUGCCAAGAAAAAGCAGCACACGCACAUACACAAAUAUGCACACCACUGUUCCUCUCUGCCCUGUACGAAGAGCACAUUAGUCUGGCUUAUGGAUUUUAUAUUUAGACUAUUAGUUAUGAGACCAAUACCUUAAAAAUAUUUGAACUAUGUAUUUUUAUUUUAACCUUUUUUAAUGAAAAUUAUCUGAAAUAAGCUUUUUUUUUUUUUUUAACUCUUCAGUAGUUUGAAGCACGCCUGUCUUUACAGUGAUCUAUUUUCCAUUCUUUCCAUGGAUAGAUACAUAUGUUAGAUUUGUGUUAUAUAUGCGGUAAUAAUACCCUAGAUUAAGUCUGCAUGAUCAUAGGUAGAAGUGCAUUUAGCAGGUGCUCAGUCUGCUCAUACUUCCAUCAUCUCCCCAAGGAGUAUUUCAGGCAUUCCAGACCUUUGAGCAACUCCCAUGUGAUGCCACUUAAACACCACACCAAAUUGUCAGAAAAGUGUUUCUUUUAAACUUUUUUUUGUAAUUUAGCUUCCUAAAUUACAUUCCUCUAAAUCACAGGACCGCAGAUGCACUGCCUAUGUCAGUAUUUUCACCUCCCGAGCUCUGCACAGCUGCCCAGGUAGUUUAAUACAGCCUUUCCUAAGACAUGGUGCAAAGCAAAUUGCAAUCUCUUAAUUUUCAAUUUACUUUAUUUAGCUUUUUUUUUUUUUUAAUAGGCACACACAUUUUGGUGAAAAGCAGUUUUCCCCAUGAAAGCUCUUACAUUUCUUUUGCCAAAAAUGUAAUGAGUAAGCAUUUUCCUGCAAAUCUUGUUUAAGCUGAAAGAGCUCUCAAAUGUGCACAAAGGAAAAAUUUGGUUCUUACAGUAUUGUUCUCUUUUUGGAAAGGGAAAAUCAACUCACUUGCCCAUUAAAUGCCAUGCUUAAAUACCCCUUAUCUUUUUGCUUAGAUAAAGUUAUCUUUUUUGGAUAAAUAAUUGUAUUACCUCUGAUGCCAAUAGUUAAUAUUACUAAACCACUUUUGUACUGCUUGCAUAAAUUUUAAAAUGUUCCUCUGUUUUGAAUGCAAACAUUUUGACAGAUAGGUCAAGAUUCUCUGUGUGAAUCUGUUUCUUUGUAACCCUGCUACAUGGAGUGAGAAGGAAGCAGGAUAGCCAGUCAGAUCCUUUACACUAUAUACUUUCACUGGACAAGCCAAAGUAGAAUUGUGUUUGAGUACACAUUUUGGGCCUCUUUUUGUGUCUGAUUGAUACACAGCAUACAUUCCUUGGUUUCUUAGAAAAUGGACUCCUGUGCUUGCAGUUUUAUCUUGUACUUUGAUUUAAGUCUAAUGACCUUUAUGGUCAUUUAAAGUUACUUUACAUGGAAGCUUUUCCAGCCAUUUGCAGUCACCUGCUGUUGGAGCAGUGUCAUUUGGCUAAAGCUAAUCAAGAGAUUUUUGACUAGGAUUAGGAUUUUCUUGCGAGAGUGGGAGAAAGAAUGGGGCUUAAAUGGCUCUGAUUUCCAGGCUAUUAAGCAGUACUGAUUAAAGUCUCAGAUGGAUAUAGGAUACUGUGGGUUUAGUUAGCUUGACCAGAGCUCCACAGUAACCUCUGGAAAAAUACCAUGUCAGUGUACAAAUCAAGAGCUACCAAAGCACUUAUGUUAAGUGAAGAAAGUUCUCAAAGCAUCAGACCAUAUGGCUGUUGAAACCGGAAAAGAGAGUAAGAGGUCCCAGAUGCAACAAAAAUGUUAAUAGGCAUAAACGUUUCAAUAUUUUUUCCCUCAGAAUUGUAGAACAAAUAUAGUCACUUCUUUAAAUGUGGGACCAGUUUUAUUAAAAUCAGCGCAACAUAAGCACAUUCCUAAAGUUAAUUGUAUGCAUAAUGGCUUCGCUGUAUGAGAUCAAUUCUGUAAACAGUUUGGUCCAAGCUUAUCUUGCUCUGCUUGAGGCAUCUGACCAACUUCUGAUUGUAGCUGCCACCAGCACCCUCUAUGUCUCAUAUGGGAGAAUAUGCUUAGAUGGGCAGAGUUACAUUCUAGUGAGGGCUUGUGCCUUUUGCUCAAAACUAUAGUGAGCCUAGAGAGACACACUUCUAAUACUCAGUCAUUUGGAUGCCUAAAUUUAGAUUGGCAAAAGCUAGGCUCUUGAGUAUGAUUUUACUCGUCACGUAAGUAACCACACCAAGUUCAGUGGUAUGGGUGUAACAAAUUACUUAUUUUAAUGUUUUUACAGGAUUGAGCCCAAAAUAUAUUGCUUCUGCACAAAUCCAUGCACAGUACAAGAUGACUUCAAUAGUAAGAAAACAGAUUCAUUUAAAAUUGUUCACAAGCAGAUCUGCAUCUUAAUAUCAGGGAAUAGAUACGUGUUCAUUGUGUGGGGUAUUUGAAUCCAUUCCUUUCUUUGCUAAAUAAAUGAAUGAUAAAACAAGAUACUGCUUGAGUUCAUUUAAAAGUCAUUCUUCCAAAUAAAGAAGGGUUCUGGGAUCUGU